CUUUGGGUUUACCACACGAGGACUCCUGUAGUUAUCAGAAAAGCACCUUUAAUUAAACGCUGCACAAGCAGAAAUAAUACAUUUCAGGGAUAAAGGAGGCGGGGCAGCGUGUCUUCUCUGAGCUCUGAUUGGCUGCUGAGUGUAACAUAUGCAAAGCGACGCAUUCUCUGAGCGGAUUGUCCCAGUGCCCGACGCUCUUCAGCUUUUCAAGCACUUGCCUCUGUGGGCAUCGUCUCUGGGAUCCAAGUACAAAACGCUUCUUAUGUGGAUUUGCAUACAAGUGGCCCAGUGUUACCUGCGCUAAUGUGCUGCUGCUGCUGCUGCUACUGCUGCUACACGGAGUUUGCGGGACGCUGCGUCUGUAUUGCGUUACUCUGAGCGUUUUUGCCGCUGCUGUUGCUCAGGUGUUUGUACAAUGUUGUGUAAGGAGCACAGCGGCAGUUUCAACUAUUCGCUAUGUCACCGUUUCUUAAGCGUGGGGUUUUGUAGUAGUACUGAAAUGGACACGAGGAUCCGGGACACCAAAUGGGACGACUAAACUCUCUCCAGUGUCUGUGAGUGAUCGCUGCCAGUCCGCUUGUUCUUGUUUCCCAUUAGAAUUGGGGGUUCUGUACCACACUGGGCGUUUAUCCGAGAGUACAUAUUUAUAUACAAGAGCUGGUGCCCAAUGCAGUCCCUCAAUAUCACCCCCGAGCAGUUUGCCCGACUCCUGCAGGAGAAUAACGUGACCAGGGAGCAGUUCAUUGAGUUGUAUCAGCUGCAGCCUCUGGUUUAUAUCCCGGAGCUUCCCUUCAGGACCAAGGUCGCCUUUGUGACAAUCUGUGUGCUGAUAUUUGUGCUGGCGCUCUUUGGCAACUCUCUGGUUCUUUAUGUGGUGACCAGAAGCAAAGCAAUGAGGACUGUCACCAACAUCUUCAUCUGCUCUCUGGCUCUCAGUGAUCUACUCAUUGCCUUCUUCUGUAUCCCCUUCACCAUGCUUCAGAACAUCUCCUCCAACUGGCUGGGAGGAGCGUUUGCUUGCAAAAUGGUUCCAUUUGUUCAGUCUACGGCCAUUGUUACUGAAAUCCUCACAAUGACAUGCAUUGCUGUGGAAAGGCAUCAAGGGAUUGUGCAUCCUCUGAAAAUGAAAUGGCAAUACACCAACAGGAGGGCAUUUACAAUGCUGGGUAUCGUGUGGUUAAUAGCAGCAGUGGUUGGUAUACCUAUGUGGCAUGCACAGCGCCUAGAGGUUAAAUAUGACUUUUUAUAUGAAAAACAAUAUGUUUGCUGUUUGGAAGCAUGGAACAGUCAAGUUCACCAGAAAAUCUAUACUACUUUCAUUUUGGUGAUCCUUUUUCUGCUGCCACUCACUUUAAUGCUCCUGCUCUAUAGUAAAAUUGGCUAUGAACUCUGGAUAAAAAAGCGUGUUGGCGAUGCCUCAGUGCUACAAACCAUCCAUGGAAAUGAAAUGUCUAAAAUAGCCAGGAAGAAGAAGCGGGCGAUCAUUAUGAUGAUUACUGUGGUUGUCCUUUUCGCAGUCUGCUGGGCUCCAUUUCACGUUGUUCACAUGAUGAUAGAAUACAGUAACUUUGAGAAUGAAUAUGACGAUGUCACAAUCAAGAUGAUAUUUGCCAUCGUACAAAUAAUUGGAUUUUUCAACUCCAUUUGCAAUCCGAUAGUCUAUGCUUUUAUGAAUAAAAACUUCAAGAAAAACUUCCUUUCUGCGCUAUGCUUUUGUUUUCUUAGGGAACCUUCUUCUCCCUCCAGAAGGCCAGGAAACUCUGGCAUCACAUUAAUUCAACAAAAAUCGAGUUCAUGUAGGAGAGAGAACACAAGUGAAGACACUCGUAGGGAGGCAUUCAGUGAAGGCAAUAUUGAGGUCAAGUUUUUCGAUCAGCCCGUUUCAAAAAAACGACACCUUCACUUGUUCACAUCAGAACUCACUGUUCACUCUUGAGGGCUGCAAAACACAGAGACUACAUCAUUAUUUUUAUAGAAAUGACUUGGGACCCAAAAGAACUGACGGACUUUGAAUUUACUUUAUUGAUA